GCUAGUGAGUGGCCUUCCCGAAGCGCACCGAUUCGCGCCGAAGUGUGCCGACAUACGGGCGGACGCUUGUCGCAAGUGAGUUUGUCCGCCUGACACACACGCGCUUGGACCACUGGCUAUUCAGCAUCCCUGGUCGUCCUGGACCGGACGUCCUUACAAGCGCGAUAUGUAUAUGUCUACAAAUAUUUCUUGCGAAUAACUGCCAAUCCCAGAAAAUUAACAACCGAGUUCUAUCAGCACACGUUAACCAUAAACAAUGACUUUACGCGGACUUUUAAUUAAUUUCCAGUGAUGUACAUUUAAUAUAAAUUAAACCACCCCGUUUAGAAGUUCUGUGAUUUUUUGCGAACCAUGUGAAUACGAGAAAGAAACUAAAAUCACCGAGUGUUGAAGAUUUUACUAUUCCAAGAUGAGAAUUAAAAUGCCAGCAGUUCGGAUUGCUAAGGCAGAUGCAGACGGGGCGGAUCUGGACGGACACCAAGACAUUCUCACAUGUGGAGUGUGCCAAAAACCGUUCGCCCUUUCGGAUAUCGUCAGAUUUAUACAACACAAAGUCGUAGCGUGCAACAAAGAAAACUUCUCGGCCGGUCAUUGUUUUCAAGGGUCUGAUAAAGAGAGAGACAGCGACGAUGGCGGUUUGCCACUCUCAACGAUAAACUCGCGAAGGCCUAGCAUAUCUGCCCCAAUUUCUGGUAAAAAGGCCUCCGGUAGCAAUACAAGAAUACACACACCUCCACCCGCCUCGCCCCGACUGCCUGCCCCGGGCGACUUGUGCGUCGACGGCGCGGCCUCGUCCACGCCGAAGAGACGCGCGUCAUCGUCGCCCUUAACAUCCUCCAGCUUAGAAGAUGGCGAAGACAUCAAAACCAACAUUAAGCAGGAACCGAUGGAAACGUCGUCGUCGCCGGAGGAGAGUCACAAGAAGUCGAGAACCGAGGUCGCCGACGCCGAAUCGAAUACAACAAAUAGCGAGCCCAGCAACUACGUGUGUUCAACGUGCAAAGCCCGAAUGCACUCCGCAUGGCGCCUGGUACAACACGUACAGCAUUCCCACGGGGUGAAAAUAUACAUCGACACUUCCUCUAGCAGCAAUAACAACACCAGCUCGAGCAGUACGUCAUCUGGAUGUUCAUCGGGAGGGGGACCUCCACCUCCUCCCAGCAUACGACAUCACAUGCUACCACCACCCGAUCUCCACAACCCCUUCAGCGUAGGCGGACUUUUACGACUACCUCUACCUCCGUUAAAUCACGGCCCAGUGCACCCGGCGCCCCUAUUUUCUCGUCCAGAGCACCACUUUCGCAUGGAACAACUAGUAACGGAACAAUUUCGACACCACGGUCUAAAUUUAGCGGCGGCGGCUGCUGCGGUAGCUGCAAGCGGCGUUCCGCCACCGCAUCCCAGUUUCCCAUCACCCGCAGAACGAGCACCAACAGUUCCCACAAUCCCUCCCAGAGAAAGAAAUACGUCAAACCAACCACUUUCGCUGGAACCCCAACUAGACUACUAUUCCCAACGGUUAAGGCAACUCGCGGGGACAACGAGUCCAGGCGCGGCACAAGCAAGCUCACCAUCACCUCGCAAACAUUCGCCACCAUUCGCGAGCCCGUCACCCUCCCAGUUACCACCCAACAGCAUUCCAAGCAACAACCUCAGCAGCAGUAGCAGCAAUAAUAACAAUAACAACAACAGCAGUAAUAGCGGAGGAAGCCCGCCGCAGAGUAUUUCGCCCCCCGUUAAAAACGACGACGAUCCCCAACCCCUGGCGAUAACACCGCGCUCUUCUUCGACUCCACCCAACAAGCCGCUUUCCCCGAAGAUAACGAAUUCGGGGGACUCGGCGCACUCAUGCGAGUACUGUGGGAAAAAAUUCCGCUCGCAGAGUAGCUUAGAGGUUCACCGGAAAACUCACAGCGGCGAACUUCCCUACAAGUGCACCGUGUGCGAUCACGCGUGCGCCCAGAGUUCCAAGUUGAAACGUCAUAUGAAAAUCCAUCGGACGCCCGAGGAUCGCACAAGCAACGCGGGCUCCGUAGAAACGCUCGACGGGGAGGAAAGCGAGGAAGAGGAGGAGCUCGACGAGGAAGAGGACGACGAUGAUGGCGAUGGCGAGGAGGAAGAGGCCGAAGAUUUAAGCGUUCCAAGUCAAGUCAAUUCAAAAAACUCGACGCAGUCAGCUUCCCUCGUUGGGGAGCUGAUGGAUAAAUUUGGUCUUAGUAACAUAGCGCAAUACAGCGAAGCAUACAAACAAGCUUUGCAGGAGUCUGGCUCCGCGUUGAAGCUUCACAUGGCCAGUAAGGAUCGUGAUAACAAUAACAGUACAAAUUUGUCGGCGCAGUUAAAGUUGCGUGACGAUUUCGUGAAGGGCAUGUUGCCGGGACCGCCCACGCAUCCCUUACCACUUUUUCCCCCUUUUGGCGAAACGUACGAUGCCACGAAACGGUUUAAGUUAGAUCUCGAAAGGAACGAUUGGUGGCUGCCGGGUAUUAAGAGGGAAAAUUCGACCGCGGCCGGUCCAAGUGCCCUCCUACCCGGACCGUUGCUUAUUAAAAAAGAACAUCGUCGGAACGAUACGUGCGAGUACUGCGGCAAGGUGUUUAAAAACUGUUCAAAUCUUACGGUGCAUCGCAGAUCUCAUACCGGGGAGAAGCCGUACAAGUGUGAACUGUGUUCGUACGCAUGCGCGCAAAGUUCGAAAUUGACUCGUCACAUGAAAACUCACGGUCGACUCGGAAAAGAUGUGUAUCGGUGUCGGUUUUGUGAAAUGCCGUUUUCGGUGCCGUCCACACUGGAGAAGCAUAUGCGAAAGUGUGUGGUGAAUCAAGGCAAAAGUCACUUGUUACCAACCAUGCCCAUGCUGUCUGGGGACGAAGAUUCGUAUACCAGUAUAGCCUCCAAGGAGGCGACAUGACUCUACUCCUGGGGCGGCUUACGUCUACCGGCGCCUCCGUCAAGUCUCACGUACUAGUCCACACGAACUAUUAGUUAAUUCCUAAACGGUGGUACACUUCGGACUAUUUCCAGCGUUUUGAUUGCUCUUAACUGUUAUAAGUUGUCACUAUUGUUCUAUGUAACUGAUACCAAAGCAAUGUUUAACUUUCGUAACUUAACAUUUUUAUUGAUUUUAUUAUUGAUCCAUGUAUAUUUGUAAUUAGUAAUAGGUUGUUGUUUGAGACUGAGGGACCUGGAAGGCCUGCGCCAUAGACCAUCUCGUCGACGAACCAACGAGGUGGUUUAUGUCGCCGCCACCUCGGUCCCGCUGUACAUUCCCACAUCAUAUCACAUUUUCUGGCCAGUAGCCCUAAAUGUACAUAAAUAUUUAUUUCUACUGUACCGUUGUUUCAUUGUACAAAAUGUCACGGUAAGAUGUUCAAGUUUCCUAUAAAUGUUUUUGUUUUACUUACAAAUUAAAAGAAAAGAGUUCAUAAUCUUGGUGUUAGAUAUCGGAUUGAAUCCGCGACACGCCUCCCCUGUUUUGCUCACAGGGUCAUUUUUAGAAAUUUCAUCGGAAUUAGAGGAAUGUUAGAGAUAAAAUUAAAUAUUAAUAAAAUUCAGAAGUAGGAGUAUAUCCGAAUUUUCCAAGUACUAAACAAAGUAUUCCUAAAACAUCUACGCAAUAUUAGUAUUAUUAAACAGUGGACCAGGGUCUUUAUAGCCACAUUGGCGUUUGGGAGUUUGAUAGUUCGCGUGUACCAAACUUUUGCGACUCGCGAAUUACCAAAUACCUCAGGAAUGUAUUUGUAACUAUUAAUGUUAAUAUUAUGUUAUUUGAAAUAUUUUUUAUUUAUUUCUGCCAUGGUUGUAGCACUACGGCGUUCGUAUGGGCUGCACUCUUAUUAAAUUGUACUACAUGUGUUCCUAUACUGAACUCCUCAUUCAGUGUGUAUUACAUUAAAUGCAUUACAAAUCUGA